AUGUUCAAUGAAUUUAAAGCUGAUUUUUCGGGAAUCACACCAGGGCCAGAGAGGAUCUAUGUGUCUCUUGUUAUUCAUAAGACAUUUGUGGAAGUUAAUGAAAAAGGCACUGAGGCUAUUGUUCCAACAGGUGUGGUUAUGGUGGCCCCUAAGGGACUGAUGAUGAAUCCCAUCUUUUGUGUUGAUCACCCAUUUUUGUUUAUGAUUUGCCAUAAGAAGUCAAAUGCAAUUUUGAUCAUGGGCCGCAUGUUGAAGCCACAAUCAAGCACUUAGCUAAACAAUCCAUGACAAAGUAAAGAAGUCGUAAUAACACAGCCACUUACACUGGAUUUACUGUUAUUUUCUUUUAUUUAUACCACUUUUCUGUUGGCCCAGACAAUUUUUCCACGGAAUUUUUUCUUAAUUUAUUGAGUGCACGGCGCGGAAAGUUGUGUUGUUUUUGACAUUUUAAGCUAAUCAAGUAAUCUCGUACCCAGAUCUCACUCUGUUUUUGGCCGUGGGAGAUCUGGGUACGAGAUUAGCUAAUCAAGAUGAUAAAAAAACAAUUUAUUCUAUUUUAUUGUUUUCAAGCUUAGAAGACAGAUCUUAGUAAGAAAGCUUCUGAUACCGACAAUUUCUUUUGAUAUUUAUAGUUCAGGUUCCUGUUUUAAAUAGUAAGUAUCUGUUCAUGUUAAGAUUCGGAAUGAUUUUCAUUAUUGAUUGAUAUUCUAGCGUGACGCAAGACUCUGUGAUUUCAGAAGCUGAACCAUUACCCAUAUUUGUUAUAUGAUUCCUAGAAAUGAACAGAUUGCGGGAAGCAAUUAAUUGCCGCAAAAACUCAUGAAUUUUAAUUUGCGGUGGCAUCACAGGUAGCCCAAGCUCGAAAUAUGAGCAUCGGAAAGCAUCGGCAUUGUUGCGUAACAUUCAAAAUAUAAGGAUUUGUAUGGGGAAAAAAACCUAUCGUUUCUGUUAUCUACGAAAAUGAAAGGAUUUCAAUAAAAAACAGCUUACCUUACAUAAAAUGUGUGUUACGUCUCUCCUGUGUGGUCCACGGGCCCAUUUAUGGCUUUAUAUAGACUAUAUAGACAGCAAACCGUUUACAUAAAAACCCAUAAAGCGGCCAUAAAUCGGCCCGUAGACCACACAGGAGAGACGUAGCACACAUUUUAAGUAAGGUAAGCUGUUUGUUAUUGAAAUCCUUUCAUUUUCGUAGGAUACAGAAACGAUAGGUCUUUUUUCCCAUACCUUAUAUUUUGAAUGUUUCGCAACAAUGCCGAUGCUCGCCGAUGCUCAUAUUUCGAGCUUGGACUACCUGUGGUGGCAUGGAAUCAUAAAAGUGGUGAAAUAGUCACAUUUAUUUGAACCUAACCUAAAAAGUUAAAAAUUAUUAUAUGCUGUUGUCUCUUGUAUUGUCAUUUUAAUUAAAAUUCGUAAUGAAGAGUUCUGGGAAUAUGACUUUCUAUCAACGGGAAGUAAUAAAUGUUGGAGGUAAAUAUGUUUCAAUUCUUUUAAAUAGACGAGGUUUUUCCUUUCAAAUUCGAUUUCAAAUGGGCAUCCAAUCAACAAAAUUACUGACAAGUUCCUAUCCCGUCAUUUUCAAGAUAUUAAAAUAUUAAGGUUGACAUUCUGUCUUUUAGGAUUUGGGGCGAUUUUUCGGUCACUUUAGGGUAGUGUCGGUGUGUCGCCCCGUAUCAUAGGCUCCAUGACGUGUGACAUUAAUUAUGCAAAAGUGGCUUUGAUUGGUCGGCUUUACCAAGUUUGCUUUUGGUGCAGUAUUAAAAAUUGGCAGCAAACAUUUGACUUUCGGAGGACGUUUUACAAAAUGGAAGCUGUAAUCGAAGCAAACAAUAAAUUCACCAUAGACCUCCACAAAGCCCUCAAAAAUGAUCAGAACUUCACAAGCAAAAAUCUGUUUUACUCACCGAGUAGUCUUAGUAUUGCUCUGGCUAUGACUUACAUGGGAGCGAAGGGGGAUACAGCUGGACAGAUGGCACAAGCUCUACACUGGAAAGCGAUACCUCAAGAACAGCUACACAGUGAAGAAAAACAGUAUCUUCAUGCUCUACAAGAAACAAACGAGCAAGGGAACGAAUUGUUGGUGGCAAAUCGACUGUUUGCGCAGAAGGGCUUUAGCUUGGUGCAUGAGUUCGUUGAGGGCACGGAGAAGUAUUACAAAGCCGAAAUAGCCAUGGUAGACUACCAGAAGGAUGCUGAAGGCGCAAGGAAAGAGGUGAACGGCUGGGUUGAAGAGAAGACGAAGCAAAAGAUUAAGAAUUUAAUUCCCGAUGGAGUGUUUAACACGCGUACGAGACUGACUUUGGUAAAUGCAAUUUACUUCCAGGGUUUUUGGCAAAAUCAGUUUGAAACAGGGAGAACUUUUCCCCAGAAAUUCUUUGUCUCCAAAGAUGAAAAAGUGGACGUCCAAAUGAUGCACGUAACAGAAAACUUCAAGCAUAUUAAAGACGGCGGGGGGCUGGCCUGUCAAGUGCUUGAGUUGCCGUACCAAGGAAAGGAUCUUUCCAUGUUAAUUUUUCUACCCCAUGACACCUAUGGGCUGGCCAAGUUAGAAGAGAGCCUCACCCAUGAAAAAUUACAGAAGGCUUUUAAAUUUGUCUCACAGUCACAACCUGAAAAAGUAGCGGUAUCCCUGCCAAGAUUUAAGCUGACCCAGCAGUUCCUUCUAAACGAGAUUCUAGCCAGAAUGGGAGUCACAGAUAUGUUCAAUGAAUUUAAAGCUGAUUUUUCAGGAAUCACAGCAGGGUCAGAGAGGAUCUAUGUGUCUCAUGUUAUUCAUAAGGCAUUUGUGGAAGUUAAUGAGAAAGGCACUGAGGCUGCUGCUGCAACAGCUGUGGUUAUGACGUCCCGCAUGGCCAUUCCCAGCUUCUGUGUUGAUCACCCAUUUUUGUUUAUGAUUUGCCAUAAGAAGUCAAAUGCAAUUUUGUUCAUGGGCCGCAUGUUGAAGCCACCAUCAAGCACUUAG